AUCAUCUUUUUAAAAAUUUAAACUUUUUCUGUUCAAAAACAAAAAGAAGAAGAAAAAAGGGUGAUUUAGAGCCAACCCGACAAAAGCUUUCAUCGUCAUCAUCUGAAUCAUUAAUUCAUUAUCAUCAAAUAAUACAGCAGCAAGCAACACAGUAAAACCCAAUUCCCUAAUCCCAAAAUUCGAUCUCUCAUCUGAUGGCUGGUUACAGAGCCGAUGAAGAGUACGAUUACCUCUUCAAGCUCGUGUUGAUCGGCGACUCUGGUGUCGGCAAAUCGAAUCUGCUCUCUCGGUUCACCAAGAACGAGUUCAAUCUCGAAUCCAAGUCUACUAUUGGUGUUGAGUUCGCUACCAAAACCACUAAAGUCGAAGGCAAAGUCGUCAAAGCUCAGAUUUGGGAUACUGCUGGUCAAGAGAGAUACCGAGCAAUCACAAGCGCUUAUUACAGAGGAGCUGUUGGUGCUUUGCUUAUUUACGACGUGACAAGGCACGCAACAUUUGAGAAUGCAGCAAGAUGGCUAAGGGAACUAAGAGGACACACAGACCCAAACAUAGUGGUGAUGCUUAUAGGGAACAAGUGCGAUCUGCGUCACUUGGUGGCAGUCAAAACAGAAGAGGCUAAAGCCUUUGCUGAGAGAGAAUCCCUCUAUUUCAUGGAGACUUCAGCUCUAGACGCAACCAAUGUUGAAAACGCAUUCACGGAAGUGCUCACUCAGAUCCACAAGAUAGUGAGCAAAAGAAGUGUUGAUGGAGGAGGAGAGUCGGCUGAUUUACCGGGAAAAGGAGAGACGAUAAACGUUAAAGAAGACGGAUCGGUUCUUAAGAGAAUGGGUUGCUGCUCUAACUAGAGUGGGGGGAUUGUAGAUUUGGCUUGAUUUGGUUAGGGUGAGACAACAAAUGAUAAUCUCUUUGGGUCUUGCAAUCAAAAAAGAAAUAAGAAACGAUUACUUUUAAGAUCAUGUGUAUGCUUUGGUAACUUUGGCCUGUAAGGUCCUUUAAAAUUUAAGUACAUGAUUGGUAAUUUGUUUUCAACACUCCCACCACUUGUAAUUUGUAAACUUGUAAUAAACUGAAGAAAUGCAAAUCAUCACCUACGUAACAUUUCGAAAAUAGAUCUAGCGACUUUUAAUUUAAGAGGAUGAUUAUUUAUCCCUCUAGUCUUUUGUGUUGAGAGAAGAAAACAAAAAAACAUCUGUAGCUAAUCUUUUGGACAUGACAUGGUUUAAUAUUAUCACCUCGUUUUUCUUUUGUCUCUACGUAUCUGUCAGAAUUGUUUUACAGACAAAAACAUAUACAAAAAUACACGAGGAACAGUGUCUCUCUCCACUCUCCAGGCUACGG